AGCCUACAUAUUAAUUUAUUUCAACUCAAUAACCUUCCAUGAAUAGUAGGUGAAAACCAAUGGCCAUAAACUGCCAAAAAUGAGUGAUCUGGGCAGCACAGUAUGAACAUUCUAAAAGGCUUUGUUCCUGAGAUUCAAACCAAAACCAUAUUGCCAUGACAAUAUCCCAUAGAAUGUUUACUUUAGAACUCCAGACUAGAAUUUUCAAACUAGAAUCUUCAGUAAUUUAGCAAAGAUCAGCUCAGUCUGACUUGAGACACCAAAGAGAACAGCUGCUUUUUAACCAUGAGACUUCAAGAUUUUUUCUGCUGCUGCCUACCUGCUCCUGGACAGAACAUUGAUGAUGAUCAGAAAUCAAGGAGCACUAAGGUAGACAACAGCAACAAGAAGAAAUCUGGCAAAGGAAUUUGGAAGAGACUGGCUAACCCAAGCAAGAAAAAACUAAGAAAAGAGGCCAAGCAACUGAGAAAUCAAAUGGCCGAUAGAAAGAGGAAGGAGGUCCAUGUGAUGGACAUUAUCUCUGAAUAUGAAGAAGAACCCGUGAAGGCCCCACGUCCACGUCCAGUGAAGUGGGAGACUCUUUAUGAGAAUGUGGAGGAUAUCAGGAUUGAGAACAUGGUCUUGCACAAGGCCUGGGUCCAUGCUACCCAGCACAGCAAGGAUGCUGUCAGCCCAGUAAUACAUGUGGGGAUGCCUGAAGAAGACACAGCACGGGCCAAGGCUGAGAUUCCACUCAGUAUUGACCUGCUGGAGUCUGUCUAUGCCAACUUGUCCCCUGGCAUUGACAUGGAUCUACUGCGUCACCUGGAGCAACUCUCCAAGGAUUUGUCCAAAGGAGAUAACAGCGGAGGUGAUCAGCCUUCUCAGGCCAGUGAGAGCCCUGUGCUGAUCCCCAACGCUGGAGACCGAGAGCUGGUGCAGAAGCAUCUGACCAUCCAUGAGGAGGAUGAGAAGGAGAAGGAGAAGGAGAAGGAGAAGGAGAAGGAGAAGGAGGAGGAGGAGAAGAAGGAGAAGGAGAAGGAGAAGGAGAAGGAGAAGGAGAAGGAGAAGGAGGAGGAGGAGAAGGAGGAGAAGGAGAAGGAGAAGGAGAAGGAGAAGGAGAAGGAGAAGGAGGGUGCUCUCUUGGAGGAGGAGAGGAGGCUGCAGCUGCUGACUUGGUUCCAACAAGGAGGACUGGAUGUUUUCAAUACAGCAACAGCAGCAGCAGCCCAGAUGAAAUAUAUUGUGGCACUAUUGCUUAGCAAUUUUUUCAUGCUAAUGAUGCACAAGCUAUAUUCAUUCAUCAACAUUUAAUAAUAUUAUUGAUUUAGUGUACUAGUCCAAUAUUAUAUUUUUAUAUUCAAAAAUAGCAAAAUUGAUAUCAGGUAUUUUAAUUACAAUAAAUGUUAUUCAUAAUCUA